AUGGACUUCACAGGAAUCUCUAAGCUUGCCAGAAGCUGGCUUCUUCCAUUCGGUUUUGUGUCGACCACUACUUCUGCUCCCAGCCCUCCGUACGUCAAGCAGGCCAAUUGCGUGAAUAUCGACGCGAAAAGACCCAAGUUUUACGAGUUGCCUUUACAACAGGGAGAUCCAAAGGCUUCAGCCUGGGGCCUCUGGGGUCGAGAUGAUGAACGGGGAACGCUAAACCUCAUCACGUCAGACGUCGUGGCACGCGCUCGCGAAGAGAUCCAGAUCGGUGUUGUCACCUCCCUCAAUCUACCUAUUAAUGUACCUCGACGACCAAUGAAUCCUCGGAGGAAGCCUUGCGAACAUCGGAUCAUCGCAAAGGGCCACGCAAAUGAUGAUGAGCUCGACAUCAACACUCAGAGCUCCACUCACUGGGAUGGCCUGCGACACUUCCCUUACUCAGAGACGAAGCAAUUCUACAACGGAGUGACUCAAGACGACAUUUCCGGAGCAUCUGCUUCGGCCAAGAUUGGCAUUCAGAAUAUUGCUUCAAGUCCUGUCGUUACACGUGGUGUACUCCUUGACUGGUAUGCGUACGCAGAACGGCACUCGAUCAACGUCCUUGCUUUCAAGAACCAAGCUAUUCCGCUUUCGCAGCUAAAGGAGGUAGCUCGAGAGCAAGGAGUAGCUUUCCGUCAAGGUGAUGUGCUGCUGAUUCGGACUGGCUGGCUCAAGAAGUACUAUCAACUCUCUGAUCAGCAACAAGAUGAGCUUGGUGGGCGCGACGACAGGGCUUCAUGCGGCGUUGAGGCAACGGAGGAAUCGAUUAGAUGGCACUGGGAACAAGGAUUUGCGGCUGUAGCAAGCGAUACAGUGGCGUACGAGGCUUGGCCGUCGCCGAAGGCCUGGGGUGUGAGCAUGCACGAGGAGAUCUUUAACGUCGUAGUUAUCCGCUUUCAUCGAUAUAUGCGCCAUCAUCCGAACUGUUGCAAGAUGGUGUCAAAGUCCGAUGACGCCCUUGAUGAGGAGAUAGUCACUCUGUGGUACGACGAGCCGUGGCAUCUAGAACGCCACGACCCGCCAGUUCGAAUCAGCAUACGGAUCCCGAAGCGAGUCCUCAUACAGGAGAGCGGCGAGUUUGAUAGACGGUUGAAUAGCUCAUCCGAGGAGGCAAAGUCCAACAUCAAACAAGUCAACGAAUACCACACCGCUGGUCUUCAUGUCAUUCUCAAAGCUUUAGCAGCGGGUGAUUCCCACCAGAGCCUCCGCAAUGAUCCUGCGAUCUCGAAUUUCGCCGUUGCUCAGGAUGUGUACUUCAUCACCAAAGCAUACGACAUGCCGGCUCUCCAUAUCCUGGUCGUCGAAAUGCUCUUGCCUCGAGCUUUGGACAUUGCGUGGGCCACACAGGAUCCUUCCAAUCGCCUAACUGCGGCUGAGUUCAAGUUCACUCACUAUGACCUUUUAAAAGGUCGUCGAUCUGCACCCUCUGAAUACCCGAGCGACCUGUGGCCACUCUUUCUCAAAGCACUUAUACACUAUCAGCGUGUGGAGCCAGAUUUUGACCUGUUCUCCUACAUUGAUGAUGCAAAUAUGGCGUGCUAUCUGGCUAAGCAGCUCAGCAUCAAACUGGUGGCCGAGGAAGACAAGACCGUGAACCUUACCACACAGCUGAAGGCAUCGGGGGAACCUGCAAACGAGCGCAGCAACUACUUAGCCACCCAAAUCAAGAAGGUCAGAAGUCUUACCGCACGGGUAAAGGCUUUAGAAGAGCACACAAAUGAACUCAACAGCAAGCUAGACGCUCGGGACGCAGAAGUCAGCAAGCUCACUGGUGAGCUUGCAAGCGAACAAAUCAAGGCCAAAGAUGUCGAUACCAAGUUCGCCCGCGAACAGGAGAAGCUCGUGGCUCACAACGACAAGUUAUUCGCCAUUGGAGCUGGACUUCAAAAUCUUGGCAAGCAGCUGCAAGCGUAG